AUGGAGAAUCUGGAAAUAAAAAACAGAAAUCUCGAGAUAUCGUUUGCAAAAGUCGAAGAGGAGCUGGAUAGAACUCAAAGUGAGCUGUUUGCGAAACAGCAGACUAUUAUUGAAAAUGAAGAGACGAUAAUGAAAUUGAAGAAUGAGCUGGCAGCACGAGGUCGGAAAAGAAGUGGUGCUGCCGAUGGUAAUGAUAAUAAUGAAGAGCCCGAUAUGGAGUUUACUACUGACCUGUUUAAACGCGAACUUAACGAGCAAUUUAGCAAUGUUCGAUCUCUCGAGUCACAAAUUGAUGCCAAGAAUAGGUAUAUCGAACGACUGGAAAAAGAUAAACGUAUAGUAGAUAUUGUUGAGCAGGAAAAAGAGGCACUAGAAACCAAAUUGAAGCUCAUGAGCGACCUACAACGACAUAAUACAGAGAUGGAGUUACAAAUAAUCGACUUACAACAAGAGAAAAACAAAUGGCUGACAUUUUUGGAAAAAGAUGAUAGAUUUUCGUCACCUCAGGAUGUCGUUCGCGAGCUUAUGAAUAUUCGUAUCGAGAAAACCACUCUACUGUCGAAAAUCGGUCAAUUAGAAGAGUCGUUGUCAAGUACCACUUCACAAGAGUUGGAAGUUAGUCAAGAUCUCCAGAAAUUAAAAGAUCAAGUAACUGACUAUCACGAACGACUAGAUAAAGAAUCACAACAGCGGAUCAGAUACCAGCGACAAGCGGAUAUUAUCAGUAAAGAAGCGCAAAUGCUUCGUGACCAGCUAAAGGCAUAUGAAGCCGAAUCUGUUGCUCUUGAGAACAAAUCGGCAGAUAUUGAGAAGGACAACAAAAUCACUGAACUAGAGACUCUUGUUGAACGAUACAAACAAGAACUAAAGGGACUUAAUGACGAAUUAGUGCGAAAAGAAGGAUUAGUAGUUCAACUUAACAGUCCAUUACGGAACAAAAAACGAGCAGCUCCUGAUUCUGAAGGCAGUGACUCGAAGCUCGCCGAACAAUUGUCAUCCACAGUACGCAAGAACAGAAGUUUACAAAACGAUCUUGACAAGUCUGAGCAGAAAGUCGCCCAAUUAUCACAUGAAAUUAACGCACUUCAAAAGCAGAUUGCAUCAGCUUCUGAGUCACAGCAAGCCAAACAUCGUAUUUUGGAACUGAGGGACAACCCCACUUCUCGACACGAGGCCGUCAAAGUCAGUACCCUCAAGGCUCUGCAGAAAGAAAACGACGAUUUACAUGCUCAGCUCUCAAACAGUGGCAACCAAGCUAACCUUGUACCCAAAUCGGCUUUGGACAGAAUUCGCGACGAGUCGAAGCAACUUGAACGGACAAUCCAAGAGCAGAAUAAACGAAUGGAUAGAAUAAAAGAAGUGUUUGCUAAAAAAUCGCUUGAAUUUCGAGAAGCUGUUUAUUCAUUACUCGGUUAUCGAGUUGAUCUUCUACCGAACAGAAAGAUCCGUGCCACAUCAAUGUUCACGACGUCUGAUACCGACUCGUUUACUUUUAUUCCCGAUCCAAAGGCAAAGAAUAAAUUUAUUGGCAUUGAAAACAGCCCGUGGGCAGCCGAGUUUGAGAAUCUAAUAACAUUCUGGAUAAAAGAACGACAGGACAUACCGUGUUUCCUAUCUGCUCUUAAUUUAGAACUCUAUGACCGGACUACUAAGGCAGCGAGAUUUUAA